CAAUGGCAAUCAAUUGACGUAUUGUUUACAUUGCAGUCAACUAUUAGUCAAUGUUUUGGUUGUGUUUUGCAAUACUUUUGGCAAUUAAUGAAUGCAUUAAUCGAUUAUCACUUCAUUUACCACUCAAUUAAUGGACAAUUUAUGCCACCAUUUGGUCGCAAAUGUCAUUGUUGUCGGUAUUUAUCAGCAGAAGAUAUAGGAAUCAAUUGACAAGUCGUCGACACAUCCAUCAGUUGAGGAAAGCGAUGGUGUAUUCAACGAUGGAGUCAGUGUCCAUCACAUCCCUGUCGGCACCCAUUCAGGUGACACUCUUGAGCGGUGUUGUGGCCCUGUUUUGGUUGGCCUACAAACUGGUGAAGCAUUUGAGACAACGAUCACUACUGAUCCCACUGUGGAGUGACGGCUCCCACGCCUGUCAUCGAUGGAAACUCAUAGCAAUCAUAACACACACCGCGUAUUGCAAUGUCUGUGAGUGUCUUAUAGUGGACGGCAUGUACUGCGAGUGUUGCGGCACUUGCGCUGACUUCGGCUGCCAUAAGAAGGCCGACACGAGAUUCCAGUGUAAGACACUCUCCCUCUCGAAGACCGAGUCCAGACUCCAGAAGAAACAGUUGUCUCACCUCUGGAUUAAAGGCAAUCUAUCGACACAUUCCGUGUGCGACGUCUGCGGCGAUGAAUGCGACGAAGAGUCGGCGCUCAUGGACUGGAAGUGCUGUUGGUGUCAGAGGUGUGUCCACCAGAACUGUUUGACACCCGAAGCGGAGACCGGAGACUGCGAUUUGGGUAAAUGGCGGACAUGUAUUGUUCCCCCCUUUUGUAUCACACAUAAGAAGGUGUGGUCUAAAGGGCGGCGAAAGUUUGUGGUCGAAAGUGUGACCAAAUACGAAGACGAGCCCAAUUGGAAGCCAUUGAUUGUGAUUACGAACCGAAAGAGUGGUAACAACGAUGGCGACCAAAUCCUGACGAUCUUCCGAACGAUUCUCAAUCCAUUACAAGUCAUAGACUUAAGCGAAACUUCCAUUGAAUCGGGUCUUGAAUUGUGUCAACAAUUGACCAAAACAUGUAAAGACAUUAACGUCAGAAUACUUGUGGCCGCCGGUGACGGCACUGUUGGAUGGGUUUUGGACACCAUUCAGAAACUGAAGUUGAAUCCAAGCCCUUUGGUGGCCAUUCUUCCAUUGGGAACCGGCAACGACUUGUCCCGCGUUCUCGGUUGGGGUCAGAGCUUCUCCUUUGAGACCUCAAUCGAUCACAUGAUGAAUAAGAUCUUAAGCGCCAGAGCUAUUGAUUUGGACCGUUGGAGUGUCAAACUCUCUUCCAAUAGAAGUCUUGGCAUUCCUUUGCCAUCGAAACAGUAUUUAAUGAAUAACUACUUCUCUGUCGGUGUCGACGCUUUGGUUGCCCUUAACUUUCAUGAGACACGAAAGUCACGGAUUUAUAAUUAUUUAUUCACGAAUCGGAUAUUCAAUAAGUUCUUGUAUUUAAGUUACGGAACCAAAGAGUUGUUUGAAAGAAAGUGUAAGAAUCUGAACGAAAAGAUCAUUUUAGAAAUGGAUGGCAAACGCAUAGAUUUGCCAGAAUUAGAGUCCAUAAUAGUGUUGAAUAUCCCGAGUUGGGGCGGAGGCGUCGAGAUCUGGAAUCUCGGCAACGGAGCCGUCAAACAGAAGAUCAGCGACAAGAAGCUGGAAGUGUUGGGCGUGUACUCGACCUUUCAUAUCGGACAGCUUAUGAUCGGACUCUCGGAACCGUUACGCUUCGGUCAGGCGAAAGAGGUUAAGAUCACACUUUUGGAGCGAUUGCCCAUUCAAGUGGACGGCGAACCCUGGCUUCAGUUCCCGACAGCCAUUAGUCUGACGUGGAAUUCAUUCGCCAAAAUGCUUACGACUAGAUCUGAACACUUAUGAGCCCAACGUUUUCACAAUAAGGCUCGACAUUCAGUCUUCAGUCUGUGAUAAACUGUUAUUUCUUGUAUUGACACAAAAUGUGAGUUCGCUUUUUGGACAAAACAUUUUAUGCAACUCUUAUUAUAUUACCGACGAUUUAAUGCUUAAAGUUUUC